AUGGCAACCCUACCAGCGACUGCGCCUUCCCAGCCCGUUGACCCAGCCCAGGCCCAAGGCGCGCAAAUACCGCUCCAGGAUUUCUCUCUUCCACAAUUCCCCCCUCAAGCUGGCGGUCUGAAGGCUCUCACCCUGACCUCAGACAUUAAGCUCGACGAGUACACGAACCUCCUCAAAAACGACGUCGCGACACUACCACAACUGCCGCGCGGUAUCGAGUCCCUAACACUCGAGCUCUUCUCGCUGGGCUAUCCGCCCGGCUUCCUCAGUGCGCUGAGCGAGCGCCUGCCCAACAUUAAGAGCCUGGUCAUCUACAGCCAGCUGUUCAGCGGCAUCACGGAGGAAUCACAGAAGGACGCGGAGGCGUUCUUCGAGAAGGCACAGAACCUGCGCGCGCUGCACCUCCUCGAUGUCUUCGCGCGGCCGCACUUCUUCGGUGCCGUGGGACCGAAGCUUGCGAAACGACAGAAGGGCCUCAUGUUCCUCGAGGUCAACUACAGCUUCCGCCAUGAGGACGAGGACUUUUUGACUCGUGUGCCGGCGCCGGAACUGCCGUCGCUGAUCGGGCCGGGCUUGAUCACUUGCGCCUUCAAUGUCUCGACGCCGGACGUUACCGAUGACCCGGAAGACCCUACGAAUAUCGACGAAGAGGGCAAGGAGCGACAGGGCAAAAAGGAGGGCGUGAUGGCGUUCAACAAGACGCAGAGCCCCGUGCUAGUCGAGAAGUUGACCGAGGAGGAUACAAGGCCGAGGGGCCUGAAGGUCCUCAACACGACGCUCUACACGCUGUCGCUCCACAGUCUGGGGAAGAUAUUGGCCGCGCAUAAGGGGCUUCUGGUGCUGAGUGCGACCGUGGAGGUGGAGCCGACAGAGGAGUGCAAGAAAGAGCUGCUGGAGGUGUUGCAGGCGUGUCCGGACUUGGAACAGGUGGAGAUUGUGGGGAACCCAAGCUUGCAAUUUUACAUGGCGAUCUCAAAUCCACGACAACAAGCGCUUGAGAAGGCUUUCCCAUCUGCCGAAGACCUGCAGCAGCUCUCAGCAAAGUGCCCGAAGCUGAUCAGCUUCAAAGCGAACGUGUUGCGGACAACAUCCAUGGGGACCGUCGAAUGGACCAAAGAGGGCGGCUUCUGGAAAGGAGGCGUAACCCGGCCCAACGACACGGCGGAGACAUCCACGACGCGGUAG